AUGUCUUCUCCAGCGCCCCAUGCCUCCUUGACGCGCGCCUCAGUCGAAGCCGCCCAUGCCCUCAUCAAACCGCACAUCCAUGACACGCCCGUCUUGACCAACACCACCUUGAUCAACCUCGCCAACACUCCUCAGACCCCUGAAGCACUGAAAGGAACACAAUGGGAAGGGCAAGAGCCCGCGAAGCCGAAAGUAAACCUCUACUUCAAGUGCGAAAACUUCCAGCGCAUUGGCGCGUUCAAAUUACACAUAGCAGCGGCACGAAACCACGCGCAAGCCCUUGCGCUCGCUGCAAAGACCUUCUCCAUCCCCGCACACAUCGUCAUGCCUUCUAUAUCCACACCCUCCAAGAUAGCCGGUACCCGGUCCCAGAACGCCAACAUACAUUUCUCCGGCUCCACGAGCACCGAACGCGAAGCCGUUGUUGCAGAUGUAAUCAAGGAAACAGGCGCUACUCUAAUUCCACCGUAUGACCAUCCCCACAUCAUCCUAGGUCAGGGCACCAUGGCGCUAGAGAUACAAGACCAGGUCCAAAAGCUACUCGCAAGUGGCGAGAAACUGGAUGCAGUGAUAGCGCCCUGUGGUGGCGGCGGCAUGCUAAGCGGCAUUGCAGUCGCCCUACACGGCACUGGGGUACGCGUUUUCGGCGCGGAACCCAGUUUCCAGGGUGGCGACGAUGCGAGAAGAGGUGUUGAAGCCGGUGAACGCGUCACCAGCGUCAAGACCUUGACCAUUGCAGAUGGUCUUCGGACACCCCUCGGCGAUCAUACAUGGAGCGUCAUCUCCAACAAAGACUACGUGCAGGGACUAUACGCCGUCACAGAGCAGAACAUCAAAGAUGCCAUGAAGUUGGUCCUGGAGAGAAUGAAGUGUUUUGUGGAGCCGAGUGCUGUUGUUGGACUGGCCACUAUACUGUACAACGAGGACUUUAGGAAAAUGGUUGAGAGGGAGGCUCGAGACGAGGGUUGGAACAUCGGUGUGGUGUUUAGUGGAGGGAAUACUACAAUUGAGGCGAUCACUAAGAUCUUUGCCGAAGUGCCGGCAGAGAAGGCAGAGAGGCAGGAGGGUGUGCUGGGAAAAGAUGGGAGGAGGGUGGCCGAGAAUGUCGCUGGUUAA